AUGCCCAGCAAGUACCCGCCGAAGACGAGGCUCACGGUGGGGAGCCACCAGGUGGAGAUCAUCAAGUACAUCAGCGAGGGCGGGUUUGCCACGGUGUACACGUGUCACAUCCUGCCCCCGUUCAUGGGGCUGAGUGUCGCCUGUCUCAAGCGGGUGGUGGUGCCGCUGAAGUGGCAGCUCACCUUGCUUCGCCAGGAGGUCGACGCAAUGAGGCGCUUGCGGGACAACCCCUACAUUGUGUCGUACAUCGACUCCCACGCCGCCCGCUACAACCCGCUGGCAUCGGCCCCGACCACGCCGGCGCAACCCCAGCAGUACGAGGUGUUUUUGUUGAUGGAAUACUGUGAAAAUAACGGCUUAAUUGACUUUAUGAACACUCGCUUGGUCAACAAGCUCACCGAGCCCGAGAUCCUCCGCAUCAUGUACGACACCGUUACUGGGGUCGCUAUGUGCCACCACUUGGAGCCACCAUUGAUCCACCGCGAUAUUAAGAUCGAAAACGUGUUAAUUGACAAGCAUCGCACGUUUAAAUUGGCAGAUUUCGGGCUGGCAGUGCCCUACUUGCCACCACCACAGUCAUCGCAAGAGCUCCGGCUUCUCCGCGACGACAUCAUGCACCACACCACCCCUCAGUACCGUGCUCCUGAGAUGGUUGACGUCACCAAAGGAUUCCCCAUUGACGACAAGCUGGACGUGUGGGCGUUAGGGGUGUUGCUCUACAAGCUCUGCUUCUACACCACCCCAUUCGAAAGCUACGGCGGGCUCAAGCAGAUGGAGCUGGCGAUCCUCAACGUCGAUCGCCUGCUUCGGUUUCCGAAACACCCAUUUUCGUCGCGUUUGAUCACCGUGAUCAAGUGCUGCUUGCGGGCUGACCCUCGGCGCCGUCCCACUGCCACCCAAGUCUUGGGGGAAAUUUGUGCCAUGAGAGGUGUUCCUGUGCCCAACGUGGUACCUACACUGGUCCGUAAACUCCACGCGCAAACACACCAGAUGGCACCGCUGCUGGUUCCCGCGUUGGCGACGUCGCCUGUGCGCAAGGCCAGUCCCUCAGACCCGUUCGCUCUGAUCGACAAGCUGAGACUCUUGCGGCCUAAACUGGUGGGUGCUGCCGAAGCUUUAGAAAAGCCGCGCUCGCUGACGCUGGCCCACCUGCUUCAGGAAUACAUUUCGCAGAUCCAGUCCACCGACAAUGCUCUUCGCCAAAGCAUUGACGACCAACAGCUGACGCUUGACUUCUUGCGCGACAACGACCGUCACAACACUGGGGGCAGCGUGAAACUGGCAUUCCGCUCGCUCCGCAGAAUCUCUACCGGUGGGCUGAUGCUGUCGCAACAUCUGGGGAGACGCCUGCUGAUUCUGUCAAUUAAACAGAUUCUCACGGGCAACUCGGGUUCUCCCGAGGACGACCUGCCGCCUCCUCCACCGUCAAUCCAGGGUCAACUCCAGAGCCAGCCUCAGGGCCUGGUGCUGAGUCGUAUGCAAAAGCUCUUACGGUCGUCGAUGGAAGUACCGCGUCUGGCACAGGGCUAUGGCCGUUACACCGAUACGCCCGACGACGAUAUUGCUCUGAUAAAUCUGGCAAAGACAGCCCUGAAACCAACGGCCCUGAAACCAGCACCGAAACCGGCUCCCAAACGACGCCAACCACCGCCGGUGCCUAAGCUGUUGCGGGCGCCGGAGGGACUCCAGGGGGUGACGAUCCCGUCGCCGCCGCCAUUAAUGGGCAAAGACCAUCUCAAUAAGCUGGCCACGGUACCGGCAUUGAAGAAAACCCCUCCUAAAAAACCGAAAAAGCCUACGCAUUUGAAGCGGGCGCAAACUGACGACAUGCUCGACAUUGACGCCAUGGAAAAGUCAUUUGCCCAGCGGUACCCUUCAUACGUUUAA